GUUCUGCGGCUGCGCGGGCACAGGGCUGAAGAAAAAGAACCGUGGGGUUGUGCUGUCGCCACCACCGUUAUCAUCAUGAGUACGACGUUAGCGAAGAUCGCCGAAAUAGAGGCCGAGAUGGCCCGCACACAGAAGAACAAGGCCACGGCUCACCAUCUGGGGCUGCUGAAGGCUCGGCUGGCCAAGCUGCGUCGAGAGCUCAUCACCCCAAAAGGAGGUGGAGGGGGCGGUCCAGGGGAAGGUUUUGACGUUGCAAAGACUGGGGAUGCUCGCAUAGGAUUCGUUGGCUUCCCAUCAGUGGGCAAAUCUACUUUGCUGAGCAAUCUUGCAGGAGUGUACUCGGAAGUGGCAGCCUAUGAGUUCACCACACUGACAACUGUGCCUGGAGUAAUUAGAUACAAAGGAGCAAAGAUACAGCUUCUUGACCUUCCAGGAAUUAUUGAGGGUGCCAAAGAUGGGAAGGGCAGAGGUCGCCAGGUCAUUGCAGUUGCUCGAACCUGCAACCUUAUCCUGAUAGUUCUGGAUGUUCUGAAGCCUCUGGGACAUAAGAAGAUCAUUGAGAAUGAGUUGGAGGGCUUUGGAAUACGGUUGAAUAGCCAACCUCCUAAUAUCGGCUUUAAGAAGAAGGAUAAAGGAGGCAUCAACCUCACAGCCACUUGCCCGCAGAGUGAGUUGGACACCGAAACUGUGAAAAGCAUCUUAGCGGAGUAUAAAAUUCACAAUGCGGAUGUCACACUGCGCAGUGAUGUUACUGCCGAUGACCUCAUUGAUGUGGUUGAAGGAAACAGAGUCUACAUACCUUGCAUUUAUGUGUUGAACAAAAUCGACCAGAUCUCCAUUGAGGAGCUAGACAUAAUUUACAAGGUGCCUCACUGUGUUCCAAUCUCUGCUCACCACCGGUGGAACUUCGAUGAUCUGUUGGAAAAAAUCUGGGACUACCUGAAACUUGUACGAAUUUACACAAAGCCCAAAGGACAGCUCCCAGAUUAUUCAUCUCCAGUGGUAUUGCCAUACUCCAGGACCACUGUGGAGGAUUUCUGCAUGAAGAUUCACAAAAACCUUAUCAAAGAGUUUAAAUAUGCACUUGUAUGGGGCUCAUCUGUCAAACACAAUCCACAGAAAGUUGGCAAAGAUCAUACGAUGGAGGAUGAAGAUGUCAUUCAGAUUGUGAAGAAGUAAAAGUGUCUUCUGGCCAUUGGUCCUUGAUGACCUUUCAGAAAGAAGGCUGAUUGUCAAGCGUUAUAUACAGGAGUGUGCUCCCACCUGAACUGUACUAUGCAGUCUAGGUGUGCUACAUUUAGACCUGAUUAAACUGUUUCUUCUUGGGAGAUGGAAUAAUUGUAUUGAGGCUUUGGUCUGUAUCACUGUUGGUGAAUGAACAGAUUACACACUUGCAUAAGGGUAACUGAUGCCUACUUUUUAUGUGACGCUGUCUAGAGCAUUUUUCCAUGGGACUUUGCCCUGGCACAUUGGUCUGUAAUAGGUGCCCCAAAUCAUAUGAAAGUUAGGUGUUAACAAGUCCUGUGCCAUUAAGACUGAUCACCUGGUUCUCAAACAAAGUGCUCUUCCACUGCACUCUUCUCCAAAGAGUGACCAUAGAGAUUUAACUGCUAGACCAAAAUAGACAUAAAUUUUGGUACUGCUGUAAGAAGUUUUAAGGUCAGCUCUAAAAAUUCAGGCUGUAAUGGUGAUGCCAUAAAUUGUUUCAUUUUGGAGUUGGAUAGAGAAGAAAGAUUCC